ACGCAACUAUAAAAUUGCUUCUCCUCACUUCUGACUUCCAAGUUCUAUUCCUGUUUCUUUUCUGUACUGUCGUUUCUAAUUCCUGCCCCAACCAUAAUAAACAUAGUCACUUCUGACAUCAGAGCCUCAAUCUGCCUCGAACCUUGCGUUCUCAACUUUCUCGGUAUGAGGUUCCUACAUAGAAGACCAAGUAGCGUACCGACGAGCGGCAAGUCGACCCCAAAGACGACUAAUGCAACGAACACUCCGUACAAUAGAUCGACCGAAGAACUCCCAGCUACAGACUCGAGUACCUCUGAGAAGCAAAGCAUCGACGAGGGUUCUGUAUCAUGGUUUGCAGUAUUCAUGGGCUUGGUGGCUUCACUAGGUGGCUUCAUGUUUGGCUACGAGAGUGGUCAAAUCUCAGGCUUUCUCCAAGAGUCUGACUUCAGACAACGCUUUGCAGAACACGGAAGAGAUUUCAGCAAUGCCCGCUCUGGUACUAUCGUUGCUCUACUCUGCAUUGGGACGCUUCUAGGAUGUUUGAUAUCUGCUCCGCUCGCUGAUCGUAUUGGACGUCGUUAUACAAUAUCCAGUGCUGCUUUGUUUUACAUCAUUGGGGUCAUUAUCGAGAUCACGUCGUCUACGAAGUGGUAUCAGUUCGCCAUUGGACGUCUCGUGGCUGGUCUAGGUAUCGGUGCACUGAGUGUCACCGUGCCCAUGUAUCAAUCCGAAAGUGUGCCAAAGAAGAUUCGAGGGACUAUCGUUACCUCAUACCAGCUCCUCAUCACCAUUGGUAUUUGGACAGCGUACAUGGUCAACUACGGAACGUCAAAGGACUACGUCAACUCCGCUCAAUGGCGCAUUCCCAAUGGUCUCUCAGCUUUGUGGGCCCUCAUCCUCGGUGGUCUCAUCCUUCUUUUUCCGGAGUCUCCUCGAUAUGCAUACCGUAUGGGUCAUGAGGAACAAGCGCGCAAGACCAUGGGCCGUCUCGCAAAUGUUGAUCCGCACGGCCCACACAUCAACCGCGAAAUUGCUGAGAUCGAGGAAAAACUUGCUGCAGAACGCGCUGGUGGUGACCAUGGAAUGAUGGAAGUGUUCACUGGCCCUCGAAUGAUGUAUCGCACUCUUUUGGGUAUGAUCUUACAGGCUGGACAACAACUCACUGGGGGCAACUACUUCUUUUAUUACGUCAUCACGAUUUUCACUGCGACAGGACUGUCAAAUCCCUACGUCACCUCAAUCAUUAUCGGCUCCGUUAACGUCGGAGCUACCAUUCUGGCUAUCAUCUUCGGUGACCGUAUUGGUCGUCGAAAGGCUCUUAUGGGCGGAGCUGCCUGGAUGUUCGUAUGCUUCGUAAUAUACGCUUUCGUUGGUCAUUUUAUGCUUAAAGAGGGUCAUGGCAAUACCAGCACUGCCGGUUCUCUACUCAUCGUCUUUACAUGUCUCUUCAUCGCUGCUUUUGCAACAACUUGGGGUCCACUCGUGUGGAGCGUGGUUGGUGAAUUGUACCCCGCUCGCUAUCGCGCAUGGGGUAUUGCUCUUGCAACAUCAGCAAACUGGGGCAUGAACUUCCUCAUCUCGUUCUUCAGUCCCUUCAUUACUGGCAAGAUUGAUUACUAUUACGGACUUGUUUUCGGUGUUUGCUGUCUUGCACUGUUCUUCAUUGUUUACUUUUUCAUGAUCGAGUCUCUCGGCCGGUCCCUCGAGGAGAUCGAUACCAUGUACGUGUUGCAUGUCGAUCCACGGAAAAGCGCUUCAUGGACUGGAGACGAUCUUGGCCGUGAUGGACCGAUUGCCGGAACUGAUCAGAUGUUUUUGACAAGUGGCGGACGGAACAUCAAGAAGGUUACUGAAGGUGGUGACGCAGUGAGGGCUCAGAGUGUUCAUCUUGAGGGUUCGUCGAGCACUUAGCCGCAGAAUAUUGGAUGAUUGCCCCGAAAACACGUUUUAGCAUGGUAUCAUAUCGGAUAGGACGUGAUAUCCCCGUCACUGUGUUUCAGCACAUGUGCGGGGAUCAUACCGCUGCAUAAGCAGCUCGGGGGUUUCUCAAUAAUCACUUUCGAAUACUCAUGUAUAUUUGAACCCAAAUGCUCGCCAUCUAUUGAUUCUUGCAAGUCAUGAUAGGCAUCAGUAUCCUCUUUCUAC